UCCAUCGAGAAGAUCAGUUGUGCUCGGUACCAUUUGUUCAUGCGCCGCAGUUUCUGGGUGAAGAUGAAUGCCAAUCCAGCCGCGCCCAUCUUGCUCCUCCUGCUCCUUGUUGGAUGCCACGCCUUCUCCGCACACGGUGAUGACGCCGAGGGAUCGGGCGGCGGUCGCCGUGAGCUGGGCGACGGCGGCGGCAGCGGCAGCAAGGCUCAGGUCGCCGGGUUGUGCGUCGACAGCCCGUGCGACGCGGACCCCAACCGGACGUGCUUCUGCUGCACGAGGCUGGCCAACGAGCCCUGCUACGACACGCUGAGGCAGUGCUUCAGCGUCUGCCCCAACUGUAACUUCCCCGUCUGCCCGCCGGCGGCGGCCUCGGCGGGCCGGCGUACUCGGUUCGUGUUAGCUCCGGCGUCGGCGUGAUCUGUGUGCCGGCGAUGGUUAGCUAGUAAUGAUUGAUGUCACGAGGCAUCCAGAAUGCAGAGGAUGGGAAAUCAUAUCAUGUCUAACCGUGUAAGCGUGGAGUUAAUUAUAAAUCGACAGCGUCUUCUUUUCGUGAA